AUGCCAAAUUCCAGAGGCUUGAAAAGACUCUAUGACUCCUUUUUUUGCUCAAGGACCAUAUAUCUUAGGGAGGAGGAAACACUUGCCAUCAAAUCAUUUCUGCAUUCCAAGAGGCCGGUUCUCCAUAUCUGUGGAAAUCCUGGAACCGGAAAAACACACGUUACUGUCAAUACCAUAGAGGGCUCUUUCCUUUACCUAAACUAUUACAGCGAGAGUGAUAUUUUUUCAAAGAUAAAGAACAGCAACUCUCCAGUGGUGGUUAUAGAUGAGUUUGACAAGUAUUACAACGAAAGAAGAAAUGAGUGUAUGCAAGCCAUGCACUACCUACGGUCUCGUCAGAAGCUAAUAACUAUAUCUAAUGACCUGAGGAUGUCUGGGGAUGUCUUAUUUUUUAGGCCAUAUUCCUCCUCCGAUAUGGAGAAGAUUCUGGCCCAAAAGACUUUAAAGGAAUCUGCGGAAGCCAUUCUGAGUCCUAUAGCUAUAAAGAUUGUAUCAAAAAGAAUUGGGCCGUCAGGAGACCUCAGACAACUCUUUAGAUAUGUACAGGAAAUUGUGGGAAGAAAAAUCAUGGAAGGAGGUUCGUUGGAAAUAGAUCUGGAGGAUAUACCUCUUGAAAAGGAAAACCUAGAUUCAAAGCCCAAUAAUGUGCACCACAGUAUUAUCACAUCGCUUAUCUCCAAGAACAAAAAAGCCUCAAGAAUGGAAAUAUAUUCAAAGUACCUCAGGGAAUGCCAAGAAAUGAAAAUCUCCUCCCAUGACAGAACAGAUUUUAAUAUUAUAUACGACAUAUAUACUUGA